CAGUUUAAAAAAAGGAAACAAAAAAACCACCCCAAAAUCUCCCCCUUUUUUUCGCCCCGUCGGGAUCGCCGUUUCCAUCCAUGUGCUUGCGUCUCCCCCGCGUUCCACUUAAACUAUUUUAAUCCUUGGACCCAAGGAGGAGGCUGAUAGGGGGGGUGGAUAAAAAAAGUUCUUCCAAAAUAGUGUGCCCGGGGAGCAGGAUGGGGGAUUUCGCAGCCCCCGCUGCUGCCGCAAAUGGCAGUAGUAUUUGCAUCAACAGUAGCCUGAACAGCAGCCUCGGCGGGGCCGGGAUCGGUGUGAAUAAUACUCCCAAUAGUACUCCCGCUGCUCCGAGUAGCAAUCACCCCGCUGCCGGUGGCUGCGGCGGCGGCAGCGGCUCCGGGGGCCCAGGUGGCGGAUCGGCGGCCGUCCCUAAGCACAGCACCGUGGUCGAGCGGCUCCGCCAGCGCAUCGAGGGCUGCCGGCGGCACCACGUCAACUGCGAGAACAGGUACCAGCAAGCUCAGGUGGAGCAGCUGGAGCUGGAGCGCCGGGACACCGUGAGCCUUUACCAGCGGACCCUGGAGCAGAGGGCCAAGAAAUCGGGCGCCGGCACCGGCAAGCAGCAGCACCCGAGCAAACCCCAGCAAGAUGCGGAGGCUGCCUCGGCGGAGCAGAGGAACCACACGCUGAUCAUGCUCCAAGAGACUGUGAAAAGGAAGUUGGAAGGAGCCCGAUCACCACUUAAUGGAGACCAGCAGAAUGGUGCUUGCGAUGGGAAUUUUUCUCCAACUAGCAAGCGAAUUCGGAAGGACAUUCCCACGGGGAUGGAAGCCAUCAACAAUUUGCCCAACAGCCUGCCACUGCCUUCGGCUUCUCCUCUUCACCAACUUGACCUGAAGCCUUCUUUGCCCUUGCAGAAUAGUGGAACUCACACUCCUGGGCUUCUAGAAGAUCUCAGUAAGAACGGGAGGCUCCCUGAGAUUAAACUUCCUGUCAACGGUUGCAGUGACUUGGAGGACAGCUUCACCAUCCUGCAGAGCAAGGACCUCAAACAAGAACCUUUAGAUGACCCUACUUGCAUCGACACAUCAGAAACAUCUCUUUCAAAUCAGAACAAGCUGUUCUCAGACAUCAAUCUGAAUGAUCAGGAGUGGCAAGAAUUAAUAGAUGAACUGGCCAACACGGUUCCUGAAGAUGACAUACAGGACCUGUUCAAUGAAGACUUUGAAGAGAAGAAGGACCCGGAAUUCUCACAGCCAGCAACUGAGACCCCUCUCUCCCAGGAGAGCACGAGCGUGAAGAGUGACCCCUCUCACUCCCCAUUUGCGCAUGUCCCCAUGGGCUCUCCCCAGGCGAGGCCUUCUUCUUCUGGUCCUCCCUUUUCUACCGUCUCCACGGCCACUAGUUUACCUUCGAUUGCCAGCACUCCCGCAGCUCCGAACCCCGCCAGCUCACCAGCAAACUGUGCUGUCCAGUCCCCCCAGACUCCAAACCAAGCCCACACUCCGGGCCAGGCUCCACCUCGGCCUGGCAACAGUUAUCUCCUUAAUCCAGCAGCAGUGCCAGUGGCCGGCUCAGGGUCGGGCCCUGUGGCUGUGCCCAGCUCUGACAUGUCCCCGGCGGAGCAGCUCAAACAGAUGGCUGCACAGCAACAGCAAAGGGCCAAGCUCAUGCAACAGAAGCAGCAGCAGCAGCAGCAGCAGCAGCAACAACAACAGCAGCAGCCACAGCAACACUCAAAUCAGACUUCCAGUUGGUCUCCCUUGGGGCCCCCGUCUAGUCCAUACGGAGCAGCUUUUACUGCAGAAAAACCAAAUAGCCCAAUGAUGUACCCCCAAGCCUUUAACAACCAAAACCCUAUAGUGCCUCCCAUGGCAAACAACCUUCAGAAGACGACAAUGAAUAACUACCUCCCUCAGAAUCACAUGAAUAUGAUCAAUCAGCAGCCAAAUAACUUGGGUACAAACUCCUUAAACAAACAGCACAAUAUUCUUACUUAUGGCAACACUAAACCUCUGACCCAUUUCAAUGCAGACUUGAGUCAGAGAAUGACGCCCCCCAUGACCAACCCCAACAAAAACCCCCUGAUGCCAUACAUCCAGCAGCCGCAGCCGCAGCCGCCGCAGCAGCAGCAGCAGCAGCAGCAGCAGCAGCAGCCGCCACCGCAGCUCCAGCCUCCCCGGGCGCACCUGAGCGAGGACCAGAAACGCAUGCUUCUCAUGAAGCAGAAAGGCGUGAUGAAUCAGCCCAUGGCUUACGCCGCACUUCCGUCCCACGGGCAGGAGCAGCACCCAGUCGGGAUUCCCCGGACCACAGGCCCCAUGCAGUCUUCUGUGCCACCAGGCUCGGGUGGCAUGGUCUCCGGAGCCAGUCCCUCGGGCCCGGGCUUCCUGGGCAGCCAGCCCCAGGCCGCCAUCAUGAAACAGAUGCUCAUGGAUCAGCGGGCCCAGUUGAUGGAGCAGCAGAAGCAACAGUUCCUGCGGGAGCAAAGGCAGCAACAGCAGCAACAGCAGCAGAUUCUGGCCGAACAGCAGUUGCAGCAAUCACAUUUGCCCCGGCAGCACCUCCAGCAGCAGCGGAAUCCGUACCCAGUGCAGCAGGUCAAUCAGUUUCAAGGCUCUCCCCAGGACAUAGCAGCUGUGAGAAGCCAAGCAGCCCUCCAGAGCAUGCGCACGUCACGGUUGAUGGCACAGAACACAGGCAUGAUGGGAAUGGGAGCCUCCCAGAACCCGGGGACAAUGGCCACGGCAGCAGCCCAGUCCGAGAUAGGACUGGCCCCUUACAGCACCACGCCUACCAGCCAGCCUGGAAUGUACAGUAUGAGCACAGGAAUGACCCAAAUGUUGCAGCACCCAAACCAAAGUGGCAUGAGCAUCACACACAACCAAGCCCAGGGACCGAGGCAGCCCGCCUCUGGGCAAGGGGUUGGCAUGGUGAGUGGUUUCAGUCAGAGCAUGCUGGUGAACUCAGCCAUCACCCAGCAGCACCAGCAGAUGAAGGGGCCAGUCGGCCAGGCCUUGCCUAGGCCCCAAGCCCCUCCGAGGCUUCAGAGCAUUAUGGGAACAGUCCAGCAAGGAGCACAAAGCUGGCAACAGAGGAGCUUGCAGGGGAUGCCUGGGAGGACUAGUGGAGAAUUAGGACCAUUCAACAAUGGCGCCAGCUACCCACUUCAAGCUGGCCAGCCGAGACUGACCAAGCAACACUUCCCCCAGGGGCUGAGCCAGUCAGUCGUGGACGCUAACACAGGCGCGGUGAGAACACUCAACCCAGCCGCCAUGGGCCGGCAGAUGCUGCCAGCACUCCCGGGGCAGCAAGGCACCAGCCAGGCAAGGCCGAUGGUCCUGUCUGGCCUGAGCCAGGGUGUCCCUGGCAUGCCAGCAUUCAGCCAGCCCCCGGCACAGCCACAGAUGCCCAGUGGCAGCUUUGCUCCCGGCAGCCAGAGCCAAGCCUAUGAGCGGAACCCCCCUCAGGACAUGUCAUACAAUUACAGUGGCGAGGGAGCCGGGGCUUCCUUCCCUGGGCUCCCGGACAGCGCGGACCUCGUGGACUCCAUCAUCAAAGGCGGGCCAGGGGACGAGUGGAUGCAGGAGCUGGAUGAGUUGUUUGGUAACCCCUAGGCAAGAGGGGCCCCCAGGAGCCACAAGUCUAGUGGUUAAAGCUUAAAAAGUGAAAAAGAAACAGGAUGUUGGCCCAUCCUUGUUUUUUGUUUUUUUGACCCACGUAAACUGAGCAAAACUGCAGCUGGCUGACGGUGGAAGAUCCAGGUGCCAAUCCACAGUCCCACUGGGCCUCAUUUCACCUGAUUUUCACACAGCAACCGAGAUGAGACACCAUGCAGAUCCCUGCUGCGAGACGAAGCCACAGGAGGGGCCAGCAGGGAAGACGCAGCCAGCCAGAGCCCCUGCUCGGCACUCCCUGUGACGGCCUGGACCGGCCAGCGCUGCUCCAGCCAAGAGGGACUGUUGCCCAAGCGAGGUGUCCGGGAGCCCCUCCUGCCCCGAGUGCGGAGACUGCAGCUUUGGAGACACAACAGAGGCAGAGCCUCAGCCAGGGAGAGCCCCAUGGAGGCUGCUGGGUGGUGGCACAGGCCAAGUGCACAGGUCAGAAUGCACCGAACCCUGGGUGGAAAGAGGAGGAAGGCUUCAAGACAUGCUCCUGUAUUUGGAGGGUAGGCACAAAAAACAGCAAGAUAUUCACAAGGAGAUGACAAAGGGUCCUGCUGGGCCACCUGUCUCCUGCCACGUGGUGACCCCUGGGAACUGCGGAGGUGCUGCUGCUGGUGCCUGACAAGAAUAGCCAACUGAGUCUGGAGAAGGGGCAGUCCGGCAGUCCAGGGGGCUGGCUUCUGUGGGGGGCCAUGGUGGCAUCACUCCAGGUUGAGCUGGAGCCUCCUGGGGGCCCGGUGCAAUACCAGUGCUUGCAGGUAGUUCAUAUCUGCUUCGGGGGCCACAGGGUGGAGAGACCCCAGCCCGGCUGCCCUUGUCCUCCACCCCAGCCUGCCCUUGCUUCUCCUCACAGACAAUCCAAGGAGAAGGGACACUUUUGUCUUUCGGGAGCCCAGGCAGAGUCCAAAUAAAUGCAAGAAGAACUUAGGCAAUGCCUGAAAUGCAAAGGCGACACUGGCGUUUUCUUUCUCUCCAUGUGUGGAGUUGAAUGAGUAUCUCCGCCUGGAACUGAGAGGGCGUCAGUUCAUGGGAGCCGCAUCUGAUGCUUCUGGUGGCCCCAGGCAGGAGUGGUCUGGCGGUCGAUGGUUCCAGCUCCCUCCGGGAAAAUCCCAGGGGCGAUGCUCCAAAAUCAGCUUUGCCCAUCAUCCCUACUCAUCGAAAAGACAAACAUAAAACCAAGAUGGAAGAGCUAAAACGUCAGUUGCUCCACCUUACAAAUUUGGAUGAUCAAAGGUGGGGAGAUACAGUUCCUUUCCUAUGGGCAAAGUGAUCCACUUCAAAAGCUCUGUACAGUUGUUCUCUUUGUAAUUCACUCGCAUCUGCCCUAAGUGAAAUCUGUCGGAAGGAAUUGCCAGUGUCCACUGUAGCCAGGCUAGUCUCUGUGCUCCUUGCCUCCCCUCCCACUGCCCCUUCUUGGGAGCCAUAGGCAUAGAUGUUGUCCUAAGUAAGGGUGGCCUGUACUUUUCUCCUGUCCCCUCAACAGUGGCUCCCCGCUGUGCACUGGCACGUGCUCAUGCAGUAGCGCUGGAGCAUGUGAGGGCUGGACGGGUGCACUUGGAGAGUCCUGAGAAUGCCAGUUCCAGUGGAAGUCUGGGGCCAAGGGGCUUGGGGAGGAGGCAGGCAGGCAAACAAUGCCCUUGACUUGCUCUCCACAGACCCAGGGUUCUAGAUCGGGGCAGGAUGGGAGGCCAGGGGUGCCAGGAGGGUGAGCACCGAGGCAGGGGCUAUGUGCCCUCUCCAAACAGGUGGCAGCAGGGUGACCCGAAACUCCCUGAACUGGGGAGGGAUGCCACCAGGGAAACUCUGAAUGGAAACAGAUGAAAACCAAAAAAAAAAAAAGGAAACAGACAAGAAGACAGAGAAUAUACAAUACCUUUUCCCUGAAAGGUACAGGAAAUAAAUGCAUAAGCAAUGGUGAGAAACUGGAGGGGGCUGAUGGAGAGAGAGGCGGGGGCUCCAUUGUCUUUUAAAAGCUUCCUCCAAAUGCUCAGUACUGGGACCAACUAAUAGAGAGGUAGAUUUUAAUAAAGUUGUUUUGUUUCUGUUUUGUUUUUACUACGGUGCUGAUGUAUAUGUAAUGUCUAAAAAAAAAAAAGGUUAUUUGUACAUAAGUUUUUACAAUACUACAGAUAUCACUGGGUCUACUAUCUGUAAAAAAUAUACAUAUAAAUAUAUAUAUACUGUUUGUUUAAAAUAGAGUAUUUUUAUUUCAUUCCUUAACUCAUCAUCACAGCAGUGGUAUUGCACUUCAGAUGACAUCUAAUUACUAAUUUGUACCGUAUGGCCUAUGGCAACUUGCUCCAUUUUAUUCAGAUUUUUCUAGUUUUCUGUUUUUACCUUGUACAUUGAGCAUUGUUUAUUUCCUUUGAAGAAAUGUACAGAACUCUGAAAUGUAGAAAUGAAGUGAUGUUGACAUACCACUUUUAAAGAAAAAAAAAAAUAAAAGAUCAUUAUCUGAAUCAA